AUGAUAGCACCAGCAGAAAUUAUUGUUCCUAAACUGAGUAAAGAAUUGUAUUUAUGUUCUCUAAGACCAGCACUAAAAGAUCUUUUACUGCGCAGAAUAAAACCGUUAAAAGAAGAAAAGGAAGAAAAAGAUUCAGAUGAAUUUAUUAUCAAAGCAGAAAAUGAUUCAUUUAAUAUAAUUAAUUCAAAUAAUUAUAAAAAAGAUGAAGAAAAAGAAAACGAAGAAUCGAAUGCUAAAAUAAUAUUAAUUAAUGAUGAAUGGCCGAAUAUUUCUAAAUUUAACGUUGAUAAAUAUUUUAAAAUUUUAAAUAAAUCGAGAAAUUAUUCUUUAAAUUAUGAAUUUGAGUUUGGAUCAAUUGUAUUAUAUGGUGAAGUUGUAACAAGUACUCAAACAUUGCUUGAUAAAAAUGUAAAAUUAACCCAAAAAUUACCCAAUGGAUUUGUUACAUUAGCUGCACAACAAGUUGAAGGACGUGGUCGUGGUAAAAAUACAUGGAUAUCACCUCCGGGAUGUUUACUAUUUUCAUUUGUCAUGAGACAUUCUCUAAAUAAUAAAGCAGCUCCAGUUGUGUUUAUACAAUAUCUUUUAUCAUUAGCUGUAGUAGAAGCUGUGAGAACAGAACCUUCAUAUAAGGAUAUUCCUUUAAGACUUAAAUGGCCAAAUGAUAUCUAUGUUGAAAAAUUUAAUGAUUCUUCAAAUUCACCAGAACUUGUCAAGAUCGGUGGAGUUCUUUUAAAUUCACAUGUCUUUGAAAAUGAAUUCUUGCUUAUUGCAGGAUGUGGUGAAGAAUUGUUGGCAUCAAUUCUGGUGAAAUUUGAAUUAUUUUAUAAAGAAUUUUGUGAAAAUGGACGUGGAUUUGAACCAUUCUUUGAUAUUUAUUACAAGAGAUGGUUACAUAGGUAA